AUGGCAUUCCGUUCAACAGACGUGACCCACCCUCAUAACCAAUCGGUAUUUGAUGUGGCCGACCGGCAAAUCGUAGUUCUUCUGCGUCAAUUACGCGAACGGCAACGUUCGGAGAAGAAAACAAUCACUCCAUCAGCCCCGCAAAAUAAUACCCCCGUGGAACAGUUGCCUAAACCGACCGAGGCAGUUAAACGAGGUCAUCCUUUCGAAUCAGAGUCCAGCGAGGAUUCCAGUGAAGAAAAUUCCGAGGAAUCAAGUUCCAGUAGUGACGAGGCCUCAAUCACGGCUAACAAGAAACCCGCUUUGGACACGCCGCUUGUUUCUGUGUCUGCGGCCGCGGGUGAUCACUCCGCAAACGGUGGAACCGCGGUCAACGGUGCACUAUCAACUCUCAUGAGUGCGCAUCGACCAAAUGUUUUGGCGGAGAAAAUGGCAGGUGUGGAAGAAGCAGCUUCGGCUCUCGUGUCUACAGUUGCCAAACCCGGUGCGGAGAACGUAGUCGAACCGUCGGCUGCGGAUUCCACAAAAUCACCUCCGUCUCCGGUUGAGUCGUUUAGCUCUCUAAGUACGUCACGCUCUGAAGACAGUGUGUCAUUAGAAUCCAUAGAGUCAGACUACGGCGAGAAAACGGCUGUAUCGGGUGGGUUUCCGGCGUUUGAUAUACGUAGUGAUACACAUCUGAGAAAUCACGCUGAGGAACAUGGUGAUUUUCCCUAA